AUGUGGCUCCUGGGCACCGCGCGCGCGAACCUCGUCUUCUUUCCCCAGCCAGAAGACGUUUGUGAAGGCUAUGCCAUCCUCUCACACACCUGGCUCAAGGCGGACGGAGAAGACACGUUUCAAAAGGUUCGAAAGUUGAACGCAGAAUCCAACAGCACCUUCCCCCCAGAAGACCAACUUCAAUCAUUCCUUAAGCUCGCCGAACGGUACGGGCAUGAGUACGCUUGGGUCGACACGUGCUGUAUCAACAAGGAGAGCAGCGCCGAGCUCUCGGAAGGCAUCAAUUCCAUGUUCCGCUACUACGCCCUCUCCGCCAUCUGCUACGUCUACCUCAGCGACGUCGAAUAUUCAGACAAGAUGUGGCGCACCGAAUUCCACGGAAGCCGCUGGCACUCGCGGGGCUGGACUCUCCAAGAGCUCAUCGCGUCCCGCGUCCUCGUGUUCUAUUCCAAGGAGUGGACCUGUCUGGGCACCAAGUACGAGCUCGCCGAGCGCCUAGAAUGGGCAACUGGUAUCCUUGCGGCAGUCCUCCGCUUCAAGAGCCCAUUCACCGACGCUAGCAUCGCGACGCGCAUAUCCUGGGCGGCGCAUCGGGAAACCACGAGGCCGGAAGACGCCGCCUACAGCCUCUUCGGGCUUUUCGGGGUCAACAUGCCGACGCUCUACGGCGAAGGCCGGCUCGCAUUCUGCCGGCUCCUCAUGGAGAUCUCGAAGACCUCGCAGGAUCCUUCGAUUUUU